GGGGCCCCCGCUGGAGCCCUGUCUCAGCACCUGGUCAGCAAGCGUAGCUCUUGCUCGUUAGGUUUAGGGUUAUUGCAGAAUUGCCAGGAAUCCCGCUCGUCACUAUUUAACAUUUGCUCGGUUUCCCGCUCAGCCUUUUCUCUUUAUUUACAGUUGAGGUAACACAAUUUUAAGUUUACGAAACCCUAACAGUAUGUCAGGACCAUUUCUGUUGAUUGUUGUUACCAGCAGGAGUUUUGGGAGUAGGUUCAUCAGAGAGGGAAAGAUGUGUGAGCGUUUCUGUCCACUUGGAUGUUUUUUUGUGGGCUUUAUUUGAGAAGUUUUCUUUGGUGAGAGGUCUGUAAUAAAAUACGUUGAUUUCCGUACCACACUUUUAACUCUGUGAUAGGUAUACGUCCGUUUUAAUAGACUAGAUUUUGGAAACAUUUCUAGAUUUACAGCGAAGUUGGUGGAGAGUGCAGAGUUCCAGAUACCCGCAGUGUCUGCUCUGUGACGGGUUAGUGUGGCAUGCUCGUCCCGGGAAUGAACCAGGGUUCGUACGUGAUUGUUGACUGAAGCGUGCGCCUUAUUGCUGUUUCCUUAGUUCUAACCUAAAGUUCUUUUUCUGCCCCAGGAACCCAUCCAGAGACCACCUUACAUUGAAUCACCUUCUCAGGCCCCUCUUGACUGGCCAUCUCUGUCCGUGUUUGAUGGCCUUGAUGGUUUUGAGGCGCUCUGGUUAGACGUUUCCUAGGGUGCCCCACGGUUGGGAUUUGUUUUCUUGUCGCCCUUAUGCUGGCAUUACGGGAGCUUGGGAGGAGGGCUACAGAGGGCUGUUUGUCACAGUCGCUGUUGGCCCUGAUGACUGACUGAGGUCAUGUCUGUCACGUUUACCCACCCCCCAUUGUGUCCUGUCUUCUUUAGGGGAUUUCACCGUGGGCAGGCACACCUGAGGGGUGGGGAGUCGUGCUCUUGAAUGUUUGCACUUCUCCAUGAGAAAGAAGUUUUGGUAUGAAGGUCCUUCCUUGGGCUCUCACUUGAUUUACAAGCCAUCCCAGUUGGAAUUCCUAAUGAAGAGCACCUCAAAGAAGACCACAAGGGACGACCACGUGCGCCUGAGGGCACUGAACGGCCUCCUCUACAAAGCGCUGAUGGAUUUGCUGUGCACCGCUGAAGUGAGCCAAGAGAUCUGUGACCUGAAUGUGCAGCUCUCCAAGGUCUCUCUGACUCCAGAUUUCUCCGCCUGCCGCGCGUACUGGAAGACCACGGUCUCCGCUGAACAGAACGCGCACACAGAGGCCAUCCUGCAGAGGAGUGCUGCCCACAUGAGGCACCUUUUGAUGUCCCAGCAGACCCUGCGGAAUGUGCCGCCCAUAGUGUUCAUUCGGGACAGAGGAAACGCAGCUCUGGCUGAGGUUGAUCGGUUACUGGCCAUUGCCGAUUUUGGACCCCCAGAUGAAAAAGAAGACUGUGUGCAAGACGACGUCAGGGGCCCCGGGGCCCUGGAUGCUCCUGAGCCACAAGGCACCCCAGCCUCUGCCACGUGCUCAAGUCUGUGUGGGAUCGACCACGAGGCGCUCAACAAACAGAUCUUGGAGUACAAGAGGAGGAAAGGGCAAGGGCGAAGGACCGUGAGUCCCGAGGAGGCGCGGCUGACAGCUGAUCUGGCAACGCAAACGAGAGAGGGAAAGGUGGCACCCUGUGCAGAUAGUGACCUCUCCCCCAGGAACCAUCUGUUGGGGGCGGCGAGCAGCAACCCCGGCCCUGACCUGGGUGGCACCUGGGGUGCGGACAGCAGCCCGAGCUGCAGAGCGGGGGGCAGCGAGCAGCGGAGGCAGGAAGGGGGGAGGUGACCAAGGGGCGGGGAGGGGGUGGGUCCUGGGCUCCAGGCGUGCGGUGCAGCCCAAGGACACUGGUGGACGUGGAACUUGGGCUGAGAACGGAGGUGGUCGUGGGAAGCAUGUGAAAGCCUUUUGCUUGAUGGCAGCAGUCGGUCCUCCUGACUCGGGCACUUGCACACCCUUCUCGGACGUGGACAGCCCUGUGCCGCACAGGCUCCUGGUUAGGAAGGCAGAGCGUCUUCGUCUUGUUUGCGCGGGUUUCAGCUCACGCCUGAAGCGCCAUCCUUAUGGUCUACUAAACAAUGGCCCCAAGUCCAGUUUUCCCCAGGGCAAGAAGCUAUGGCGCCUGUCAGAAAUAAAAUAAACCCUUAAUCAAGUCUGACCUAGAGAAACAUGCUUCUGGGUGUGGGGUACCUCCCUUUCCCAAGCACUGUCACUGUCCUGAUGAUGAAAAUGGUACCACAGAGCUUACAUGAUCAGACACGCGUGAGAUGGAGCGAGGAAGUUGGUGGCUUGGCUUUUUGGGGGCGCAUGACUUGUGCUUUUAUAAACAGUCUCAGGAAGGAAGCAUUGCUGUCACCUAGCCGUGCGGGCACGCCCCCGUGCACUUUGUGUGCAGGCAGGUGGCACCGUGAAGUGCUGCCUUUGCCAGCAAAGUGGCCCCCGUUGAAGGGACACAUCACAGGUCAGAAGCGCUGGGUGCGUUGGUGUCUGCGUGGCAUUUGCGUGAUCCCAUCUGUCCCGGAAGGCACAGGUAGCCGUGGGUAUGGAGCAUUUCACUUGGGAGUGCACUUGCUGACGAAGCGCCUCUUCUGACCAGAGAAGAAAUGUCCAGAGGAAGGCUGUACCUGUCUGAGAAUACGUGUGGUUGGUUCUAAUCAGGUGUGGUAGGUGACAGACCUUGAGACGGCUGCCCGGAAAGGAGCAUUUGCUCUUCAGUGUUCCCGGGAGGCAGAGACAUGCCUCGCUGCACAGGGCCACUCAGGGAGGCACCAGGCUCGGUCAGGAGGCAGAGAAGGUGUGGCUUCUGCAGGAAUGAAUGGGCUGGGUAGUGCAAUUUCAGUAGGCUCUGGGGGACAGGGAGCAGAGGAAGUGCUCGCUGGUGUGUAAGAACCAGGUAAAGGAGGCAGUUGGAGUGUGGGUUCUGGGUUUGCUCAUAAAAGGUGAGCUCACAGGGCAACUAUUUGCUGUCUUUAGGAGUUAGCCCUGGGAGGGGUAGCCUCUCCCAGGCCAACAAGGCCCCCAAGAUGUUAAAACAUCGUAAACACAGAACAUAAGAAACAUGACUAAUACGGGACCCUGUAGCGCCAAGCAGCCUGCUUCCUGUUCCCUUAGCAGGGAGCCCAAUGUGGGGCUGUCAGAGAGUUUCUGGGUUGGUGUGUGUGUGGAGCUUUGGGGAGUGGGCCUGGCGGCUCUGCGCCCUCCCCACCCCUUCCUCUGGCUGGUCCAGGUUAUUUUCUCUUAAUAAGCUGGCAAUCUACACGGGGGCUUUGGCCCUUCCACACCUCAGGAGGUGCCCAGACCCCAAAUGCAGAGCAGCAGGGACAAGGCUCCUGGAUUGUGAGGCCGUGAACUGUGUCGCACAAACUGUGCCCAUCACUGCGUCACAGGACUGGGGACUGGGGGGGAGGCCGGGGUGCUGGCUCUUCUUCUCUUCCCGCUUGUGCUUGGGGCUCUGUUUGUUGAAAGUCAACAAAUGGCUGGAACAAGGUGUGUUUCCAGACCUGGGAAGCUGUGCUCCAUACUCUCCGCUUGUCUCCUGUAAGUACAGUGUAAGCAAGGGGUUGGGGGGCGAGGGCUAUAGUGGAGACGGGAGGAACAGAGCUUCCCGUCAGGAGAAGCCUGUGGUGCGGUCGAUCCCGCUGGCAUCCUCCACGGACAGGCCCUCACGCUGCAGUACCAGUUGUGUUCUCGAGGGACAGGGAGCACGACCACGUGAUCACCUCUGCGUUUCCUGCCAGGUGCCGUGUGGGGUGUGGACCAGGCUUACGGGGUGAAAAGAGACAUGAACAGUGUCCGUGUUCGCCACUGGCAUGCAGCACUGUGCACACUUUUUUUUUUAAGAUUUUACUUAUUUGAGAGAGGGAGAGCAAGAGAGAGCGCGAGAGCAAGAGCAGAGGCAGAGGGAGAAGCAGGCUCCCCGCUGAGGAGGGAGCCCGACGUGGGGCUCAAUCCCAGGAUCCCAGGAUCAUGACCUGAGCCGAAGGCAGAUGCCUAACGACCGAGCCCCCCAGGCGCCUCUCACCUCUGAUUUUGUUAAAAGGACUUGGAAUUUCAGUUACUUGACGUGCAGUCAGAGAGUUUCUGGGUUGGUGUGUGUGUGGAGCUUUGGGGAGUGGGCCUGGCGGCUCUGCGCCCUCCCCACCCCUUCCUCUGGCUGGUCCAGGUUAUUUUCUCUUAAUAAGCUGGCAAUCUACACGGGGGCUUUGGCCCUUCCACCUGCUGAUGACUGAGUGGAAAUCCUAGAACGGACUGAGUAGCCAGAGAGUGGAACUGAAAAUAAACAUUAAGCAACUGAAAUACCUAAUAGGAAAGAAAACUUUACAGGCUUCCAUGGGAGGAGUGCCACAGAAGACAGCUUUGUUUCAGUCUUUGAAAACUCCAUGUUCUUCAGAAGGACUUCCUCUCUCAAGUCUCCGUCUGACAUCUUGGCCUUCUAGGUCCUAUCAGGAAAGUUCAAAAUAUCUCCCGCUUUUUUAUGGCAUCUUCUCUGUUCAGCAGUUCGUGAUACAUGCAAUUUUAUAAAAGUAUUUGUCAUAAAGCAUAUUCAAAACUCCACAGUUAAAUCUAUGAUGCAUAUAAGCUCUAGAGUGAAAUAAAGGAUCUAAUUACUCCAUAUAAUCCCAAAGGAUUGGGAAAAGCCUGUGCCACCCCAGGCCCUACUUAUAUUCUGCACCAGCCUGUCGAGGUGUGGAGACCUGGUUCUGAAAUCCCGUGUCCCAAGGUUUGUUCAUUUCUUAAUUGAGGAAUUACGUGAAGUGUAGCCCUGGGAACAAUAUGUUAUAUGACAAAAUAGAACUCACUUUCAGUAGGUUGAGAUAAAGAACCCAAACCAGCCAAAUGAAGUUUAAGAGGGAUCCGUGUAAAUUCCCGUAAUUGGAGUUUAAAUAUUAAUUCUUGAACUACAGCAUGGCAGCUCCAGUGGCAAGUCUGGUGGUUGCAGCAUGUGUCCUAAGCGGAGCCUGGGGCAGGUGUGGCUGCCGAGGGUGGGAGGUGGUGCAGGGGUGCGCCUGAUGUUCAGUUUGUGGAACUGUGGUUAAAGAGGACUUUGGUAGUAGAAAAGGUCGCCCUGGGAAGGGUUCAUGGGGGAGGCAGAGUCAGGGUCCCUGAAGCAGCAAGGGUUCUCCACAGUAGCAGCGAUCCGCGGCUGGAACUGGCCGCAGAUGCCAAGUACAGGGCAGAUCCAAAGCGUUACCAACCCUGAACUCCCAGCCUGGGCCCCCCCAGGUCAGAGUCAGCUUUGCCUCCGUGGGUUUGCCUCCGCAGGUUUGCCUUGGGAUGUUCCUUCUCUUCGAGUCAAAGGGUCCUUGUUAAUCAUUCACCUUUCACGCUCACCCCUUUCCCCUUUCAGAUGUGAGUCCAGCCCCCGAUCUGCAGCAGCCUCCCAGGCAGCGUCUCUCGGGACCCUGAUGGUGAUGCUGGUGCUACGGCCUUACUUGGUGCCUUACCUGUUGCUGUGACUUCUUCUUGGCACAUUCUCUUCCCCUUUCUGCCUCACCUGGGGCCACCUCCUUUGGGGAGCCUUCUGUGAACCCCCAAGUCUUGGUUGCGGCCCCCUACAUUCCCUUAGCUGAGAUCUCACUGCAUGGACUGCUCAGCCUCUUGCCUGCCUCUCACACAGGGUUUCCCAGGCCAGAGUGUAGCAAGUGUUGAUUGACUGACUAAUGGACUGUUGGGGUCUGCUCCGAGGUCAGGGGCAAGUGAUCUUGCUGGCUCAGGGGAACAUGAGCAGCAAACGAAGACACAGCCUGAGGCCCCUUUUCACUCUGGGCCUGAGAAAAGCCGAGGCAAAACAGAACAUAGGGCCAGAAAUGACUGCAAAAGAGCCACUUGUCACUGGGAUUGUAGCAGAAAAUCAGGGCUUUGAGGUAAAACAGAGAAAGAAGGCAAGAUGCAGGUUUCGUGUAUUUGGGGAGAACACAGGCGUGUUGCAGCUUCAGAUCCUGACCACGGAGGUGGACGUGACGACCUCAUGCUCCAGAGGAGCCCUCUCCAGCCAUCUGGCUUCUGAGACUGCAGCUCUGGGUUCAGUACUCAGAUCUGCUGCCAGUGACCUCCGUUCUCAGUGCCCUUCGGCUGUCAGGGUCCCAGUGAGGGUGUCCUGACUCGCGUGAGCACCUACCAGAGCCUGGUACAUGCUUCGUAUUCGUUCUCAUUGCUGCUGAGGAUUUUGGUUUCCGAAUGAGCAAAGGGAUCAGGGGGAAGCGGUUCAUUCCGUGUUUGGUGGAGAUGUGUACAGCUUACCUCAUGAGGAUGUGCAGAGCGGGAUGUGCACAUGCACCCGUUUGAGGUGGCCCUCUGCAGGGUGGCCCCACAGAAGUGGCUGGGUUUUCAUGUCCUUGUGACAUGCCAAGAUCAUAGGAGACCAGAGUCCGCCCUAUUGGAAGUCAGAUGUGCCUGUCAGAACCCAAAGUGCCAGCAGUAAACACAGAGCCUUACAGCUGCAAACAUUCCUCCGGAUCCUACAAUAAAUCCUGUUGUGAGAGCAGAAGCAGAGUGUUCCAGCCUCACCUUUAUCUUGGAGAACGUGAGCACACACCUGUGUGGCUUUUUAGUGUUAAUUUGAAUACCGUAGAGCUCUAGCCUUGAACAAAACCUGAAGGGGAAGCUGAAUACUGACAAGUUGUUUUCAUGCCAAGACGUGAAGCUUAAAAUGAUGGUCAGGCGCAGACCUCGGUAACCUCCUGCGUGGGGAUGGUUUGGCAGUGGCCACAGGCUCACCUGGGCAAGGCCCCCAGGAGGAGACAGCACGCAGGCCUCCCACAGAGGCAGCCUGGAGGAGAGGAAGAGGCCCAUAAAGUGUUGCACAGAAAACCUGUCUGUUUCCUUUCCCAGUUCCCAGCAGUUCUCAUCGUGUUCCUUAGGCCUCCACAUGCUCAGAUACAACUUGUCUUUCAGGUGCUUGCUGGGUGUUUUCUGUGUCUUGCCAGGCUGAAACCAACACUCACACACUCACCCUCUGAGUAGUGUUCGUGAUGAAGGAGAGCUGGGUCUUUGCCACUUCCACUGGGAGGAGCCCCUCCUCUGCAGCAGUCCUGGUCAGCCCCGGACUGGCCAGGACUAGCAGACUUGCACAGUUCCAGCUUUUCUGCAUCUCAGGGCAGCCUCCCUUUCCAGUCCCCCGCCCCCUGCCAGUUCUGUGUGGUUUGUGCAGGAGCCUUGAUGGCCUUCCUGCCACUGAGCCUUGGUUUCUGGAACUUUGAAUCUGGGUGAGACAAGUGCUGGGAUCUUGCUUUUCCCCUCUUAGAACAGGAACCGUACAAAUAGGCCUGUUUGCUGCCCAAAAUCAAGAUGUCAGGAGUGAUUUUCUGUCUGCGAGGCACAGAGGACAAAUGGAGACACCACUGCUCCCCUCGGGCAUGGGUGCACCCGCUUCCCCUGGACCUGUCCCAUGAAACUUAAAAGCAGCAGCCUCCAUGCAGCUUCUUUCCCUGGAAAAGCCCAAGUUCUGCCGCCCAGGCACCUGCUAGGAUGACCACAUGGCAGAUGUGUGGCUCACAGCCUCCAGUGUCUCACUCUGCUCCUGUCUGUGGUGCACAUGGGUGCCAGACGGUGUUAGGAAACCUACUUCCUCUCUAGCUCGGAGCAAUCUGCACUGGAAGAUGGACAUGGCCCGCGUCACACCCAAUAAGCUGAGGUGACACCCAGUCAUUGCACAGAUGCCACUGAGAUCAAACCCAGAGUAUCUGCUACAGAGGGGAGCAGUCCAGUUUCCAUCCAAUUUUUUAAAAAGUUUUCAUUUAUCUAUCUGAGAGAAAAAUAACGAGUGAGGAAGGGGCAGAGGCAGAGGGAGGAGCAGACUCCCCACUGAGCAGGGAGCCUGAUGCAGGACUGGGCCAAAGGCAGACGUUCACUGACUGAGCCACCCAGGCGUCCAUCUGUUUUUUAAAGUAGGUUUUCAGCAACUGAAGGCAGAACAAAACAUUGUUGCCUGCAAUAUUUAGUUUAGAUCUGGAUAACACUUCCAAGUAUUCUAGAAUGCAUGUCCCUGUAACACCAUUUUCUGUGUAUUUUCAAAUUCACUAAUGAUAGCACCUCUCAACAUGAACCAUGAGAUUAGGCACCACCUUUUAAAGUAUGCUGUUCUGGGAAGAACAUGUGUACAAGAAACUCUCGGAUGCCCAGUAAACCCUCUUGACUCAGCCCCAAACAUAAAAUUCCCUUCUGUGCCACCAUUCUGUAUGCAGGCAGUUCGCACACUGGUGCUUGAUGCAGGCUCUGUAGAAACGAGCCAGCACACCAGAGUGACUGACAGGAUGGUGGUAUCCAUGUUGUGUGGGCUGGACCUUCCUUGUGGGUUCUGUUUUGAAUUCCUGAUGUUGGUUCCUGGUUAGGCCUGAGACGUGCAAAUUGGUACAUGGGCUGCGUUCCUGCAUCACACAUCAUUACAGGAUUAAGAAGGUUUGUGAGGAGUCAGUUGCCCUCAUCCUCCCAUGCUCAGCUACUGGGUCUUCAAAGCAGGUUUUAUUAGAGUUUGUUAAUCUUGGGUCACAAAGCCAAGAAUAAUUGCAUGUAUUUUAGUUACCAGGAGAAAAGCAGAGGAAGAAUCAUUAGAAAUGUCACUGAGAAAUGACAGGAGAUCUGGGGCAGGUUCUUGCCUGAAUUCUGUUGAUAGAAACCAGCAGAUCCUGGAAGUGUGUCACAUACAGCCUUAGAGCAGUCGACUAAAGUGUGUGUGUGCAUGUGUGAGUGUGCCCAUGUGUGAAUGCCUGUGUGUGUGGUUCUGUUUGCGUGUGUGCAAGUGCGUGUAUGUGUGAGUGCCGAUUCACAAGCCAUUAGGCUAGGAGUGCUUCAAAAAAAAUAUAUUUGAGAGAAAGAAAGGAGCGGGGGCGGGGGAGCGGGAGGGAGAGGGAGAGGGAGAAGCAGACUCCACGCGGAGCAGGAGCCUGAUGUGGGACUCCAUCCCAGGUGUCCCAGGCUGUGAGGUCUUAAGGCACAACAUUCAUAACAGGGCCAUCUGGCCAUUGCCACUGACAUUUGUCCUGUAGUUUUGGCUCCAUUUCAAGAGGUCUCAGAGCCAUCAAGAUUAGGGAAGAGGCAGGAUUUGAAGAUCAUGUCCUAUACUGUUAAAAAGCUGUACUUUUUUGGGUAGAAACACCCUGGAGCCUUCUAACCCUUUUCUGUAAUGAAAUGUUGAAAAUGUUCUGAUGCACAGCAAUGUCUAGACACCCCCGUCUCCCCAAGAUCUGUGGUAACAAGUUGGGUCUGGAGUCUACCCUGAUCCCUGGGUCACAACAUCCCUCCUCUUACAGGAAAGUGUGCCCGUUAAAAAAAAAAAACAAAAAACUGUCCCUGAAAAAGACCUGAUGGCAGAUCUACUAGGUAAAGACUUCAAAGCAACUGUCUUGACCCUCAGCUGACAAAAGAUGUGGAGGAAAUCAACAAAACAAUGUGAGAACAAAAUGGAACCAUCCAAAAAGAGAAAGCAAAAAGAAACUGAAGAAAUUCUGAAGCUGGAAAGUACAAUAAUGGAAAUGAAAUACUCACUAGAGGAAUUCAGAGGCAGGUUUUAAGCACAAGAAAGAAACAGUGGAUUGUAACAUCAGACAAAGGAAGUUGAGUUUGAGGAACAGAAAGGAAAAAAAAAGAAUAAAAGUUAAUGGCACCUAAGGGACCUGUGGGAUUCCACCAAGCAGAGAAACCUAUGCAUUGUGGGGGUCCCAGAAGGAGAAGAGAGAGAAAGAGGUAGACAAGUAUUUGAAGAAAUAAUGGCUGAAAGUUUCCCAAGUUUGAGGAAACAUCCAGGAAGCUCAAUGAACUCCAAGUUAAGAUGAACUCAGAGACCCACACUAAGAAACACAAAAGCCAAAUAAUCUUGAAGCAGCAAGAGAGAGGUAAUUACAUACAAGGCUAUCCCAAGUAAGGUUAAUAGAUUUCCAUCAGAAACGGGAGGUCAGGAGGCAGUGGGUUGAUAUAUGCAAAGUGCUAAAAGAAAAACGUUCAACCAAGAAUUCUAUAUUCAGCAAAAUGUCCUUCAGAAGUGAGGGAGAAAUUAAGACAUUAGUAAAUAAAAGCUGAGGGAGUGCUUCACCACUAGACCUGCCCUUCAAGAAAUAUUUGAAGGAGUCCUGCAGGGUGAAAUGAAGGACAGUAGACAGUAACUUGAAGCUGUGUGGAGAAAUGAAGAUCUCAGUAAAGAAAAAUAAAUGGCCAAUUAUAAAAACUAGUAACAACAAUUUAUAACUCCACAUUUUGUUUUCUACAUAAUUUAAGAGAGCGCAUUUAACAGAAAUGUUAAUUUAUGUUUUGUGGCAUCAACAACUAAAAGGGCUGGGGACAGAGAUGUUGAGCAGAGUUUUUGUGUGUUAUUGAAAUUAAGCUGGUAUAAGUUCAGAUUAGAGUGUUACAGUUUCAGGAUGUUAAAUGUAAUCCCCACGGUAACCACAAAGAAAAUAGCUAUAGAAUAUACACAAAAGGAAAUGAGAAAGUUUAAAUGUUUCAGUACCAAAAAACAAAAAACCCACAAAAGGGUAAUGCAGGAAAUGAGUGACAAAAAGAAGCUGUAAGGCACAUAACAAAUAGCAAAGUGACAGAAGUCCUCCCUUAUCUGUAAUUACCUUAAAUAUAAAUGGAUUAAACUCUCCAGGGAAAUGACAGAGAUUGGCAGAAUGGAUAAAAACCAUCUUCCAACUACAUGCUGUCUUCAAGAGACUCUAGAUCCAAAGACAUAAGUAGAUUGAAAGGUGAGAGGAUGUAAAAAGAUGUUCGCUGCAAAUAAUAACCAAUGAUAGCAGGAGUGGCUACAAUAAUACCAGACAAAAAUGAGUUUAAAUUUUAAAAAAUUACAAGAGAUAGGGGAGGGCACUGUAUAUUAAUAAAAAUUUCCAUAAAACAAGAUACAUAGUUACAAACAUUUACUUGUCUAAUGACAGGCCAUUGAAAUAUAUGAAGCAAAAUUUGACACAACUGAAGGGAGAAAGAGUUUUAAAAUAAUACUUGGAGACUUGAAUUUCCUUCUCCUAAUAAUGGAUACAAAACCCAGACAGAAGUAGGGAAAGAGAGGACUUUAAAUCUAACACAUCAGGACACUCUACCCAGCAAGAGCACACACAGUGCUCUCAAGUGCACGUGGGACGUUUUCCAGGAUAGAUCAUAUGUUAUGCCACAAAUUAAGUCUCAAUUUAAAAACAGCUGUUCUACAAUCUUGGACCACAGUGGUAUGAAAUUUGAAAUCAGUAACAAAAUUGGAAAAUUCACAAGUUUGUGGAAGUUAAAUCAACACACUCUUAAAUAACCAAUAGGUCAAAAAAGAAAUCACAGGGAGAUUAGAAAAUACUUAGAGAUGAAUGAAAAUGAAAACAGCACAUCAAAACUUACAGGAUGCAGCAAAAGCAGUGCUAAAGGGACAUUUAUAGUUACAAAUGCUUACAUUAAAAAACCAAGAAGAUCUCAAAGCAACAACCUAACUUUAAGGAAAUGCAGAAGAACUAACCCUAACCCAAAACUAGCAGAAGGAAGGAAAUAAAGAUUAGAACUGUGACAGAGGAAGUCGAGAACAGGAAAUCAGUAGAGAAUAUCAAUAAACUAAAAUGUUAGUUCUUCAAAAUGAUGAACAAAAUCAGCAAAACUUUAGAUGAACAUUGAAAUUACUGAAAUCAGAAAUGAAAAUGGAGAAAUUAUCAAUUCUACAGAAAUAAAAUGGAUUAUAAGAGUACUGUGAGCAUUUGUACACCAACAAUUGGAUAACCUAGAUGAAAUGGACAAAUUCCUAGCGAGACUAAACCUGCCAAGACUAUGUCACCAAAAUUACAGACCAAGAUCCCUUAUGAUCAUUGAUCUAGAAAUCUUCAAUAAAAUACUAGCAAAAAAUUCAGCAUAUUAAAGCAAUUAUACACCAUGACCAAGAGGCAUUUUUUUUUUUUUUUUGGAAUGCAAGGAUGAUUCAACACAAAAAUUGAUAAAUGUGAUAUACCACAUCAAAAUGGGAAAAAAAAUCACCUUGAUGCAGGAAAAGCAUUUGACAAAAUUCAACACCCUUUCAUGAAAAAAAAAAAACACUCAACAAAAUAGGAAUAGAAGGAAACUACCUUAACAAAAGCAGUAUGUGAAAAAACACAGCAGACAAUGGUGAAAGAAAGCUCUUCCUGGAAGAUCAGGAACAAGUCAAGGAUGGCUGCUUUUACCACUUCUAUUUAACAUAGUAUGGGAAGUUCUAGCCAGAGCAAUUAAGCAGGAAAAAGAAAAGGCCUUCAAAUUGGAAAUGAACAAGUAAUAUUAUAUCUGUUUGCAGAUGAUUUGAUCUUCUAUGUAGAAAAUCCUAAAGACCCCACAAAAAACUGUUAGAUCUGAUUAAUGAAUUCUGCAAAGUAGCAGGAUUCAAAGUCAAGACAAAAUCAGUUGCAUUUCUCUACACAAUGAUCUGAAAAGGAAGUUACACAAUAACUUCACUUACAGUAGCAUUAAAAAGAAUAAGAUACUGAGGAAUUAAUCAAGGAGGUGAAGAUUUGUACAAUGAAAACUACAAAACACUGUUCAAAGAAAUUAAUAAAUGGAAACACAUCCUGUGCUCAUCGAUGGGAAGACUUAAUAUUGUUAAAAUGUCAGUAUUACCCAAAAUGAUGUACAGAUUCAAUGCAAUGCCUAUCAAAAUCCCAAUGAUGUUUUUACAGAAAUAGGAAAGUCCUUCGUAAAACUCAUAUGGAAUCUCAACCCUGAAUAAGCCAAAACAAUUUUGAAAAAGAAAGAAAACGCUGGAGGAGUUACACUUCUCGAUUUCAGAACUAACCAGAAAACUACAGUAAUCAAACACUGUGGUUCUGGCUGAGAAGCAGACUGAUCGGCUAACAGAAUGGAAUCAGGAGCCCAGAAAUAAACCCUUGCAUAUGUGGUUAAAUGACUCUUGACAAGGGUGCCAAGAUCAUUCAACAGGGAAAGGAAUCUUCUCAACAGAUGGUGCAGGGGAAAUGGGAUGUCCACACACAGAAGAAUGACAUUGGGCCCUUACCUCAUGCCAUGUACUGACAUUGGACCCUUACCUCACACCAUAUACAGAAUGUAACUGAAAAUGGAUCAAAGCCCUAAAUGUAAGACUUAACCACUAUAAAAUUCUUAAGAGAAAAUAUAGGUCAAAGAUUUAGGAUGUUGGAUUUGGCAAUGAUUUCUCAGAUCUGACACAAAAGGCACACACACAAAAAGAUUUCAUGAAAAAUUAUAAAUGUUGCACAAAAAUACUAUCCAUACAGUAAAAAAGCAACCCACAGAAUGGGCAAAAAUAUCUGCAAAUCAUAUAUCUAAUAACUAAUCAAUAUUGAAAAUAUACAAAGAAUGCCUACAAGUCAACAACAACAACAAAUGAACAACCCAAUUUAAAAACAGGCAAAGGACUUGAAUAGAAAUCUCUCCAAAGUUGAUAUACAGAGGGCCAAUAAUCACAUGAAAGGAUGCUUAUCACUUAUCAGGGAAAUGCAAAUCAAAGCCACAGUGAGAUACCACCUCACGCCCAUUAGGGUGGCUACUAUUUAGAAAAAAGCAAAGAGGCUACUAUUUAGAAAAAAGCCUGGCUGGCUUAGUUGGAAGAGCAUGUGACUCUUAAUCUCAGGGUCGUGAGUUUGAGCCCCACCUUGGGGGAAGAGUUUAAACACACAGACAUACACAAUGUGAAACUUGUACUUAGAUGAAAUGAUCUCAGGUCAUUUGGAAUAUUUUCUGCUAAAUAUUCGUGAUAAAGAUUGAAAAAAUUUUUUGAAAAACUACAAAAAAUCCAAGUAUGGCAAGGAUAUGGACAUGUUAAGUGAAAUAAGCCAGUCACAAAAACACAAAUCCUGUAGGAUUCCACUUACAUGAGGUGCUUAGAGAAGUCACCAUCAUAGAGACAGACAGUAAUGGUCGUGCGAGGACCUGGGGGGAGUGGGGAAUGCAGUUAGUGUUCAGUGGGCAUAGAGGUUUAGUUUUACAAGAUGGAAGUAAUUACGGGGACAGAUGAUGGUGACAGCCACAUAGCAAUGUGUUUUAAUACCACUGAACUGGAUGCUAAAAUGGUUAAGAUGGUAAAGUUUCUGUUAUGUGUAUUUUUUUUUUAAGAUUUUAUUUGACAGAGACAGCAAGAGAGGGAACACAAGCAGGGGGAGUGCGAGAGGGAGAAGCAGGCUUCGUGCUGAGCAGGGAGCCCGAUGUGGGGCUCGAUCCCAGGACCCUGGGAUUAUGACCUGAGCCAAAGGCAGACGCUUAACGACUGAGCCACCCAGACACCCCUCUGUUGUGUCUUACCACAAUAAAGAGUCUUAAGAAAAAUGGGGGAAAAAUGUAUAAAUAGCUCUCAUACAAAGAUUAAAGAAAUAAAAUUUCAUCUUAUUUAUAUUUAUAGCAUUUCUGAAAAAUAUACACAGGUCUGCAAUUCCUUAUCUGAAAUCCUUAGGGUCUGAGACAGCACACUAUACCAAAAACAUUAAUAUUUACGUUAAGCACUUAAAUAUUUACACUAAGUUCAACUAGAGGAAGACCUUUGGGGAAAAAAGGAAGUAAUAAUCAUAAUAGUUGACAUUCACCACUGACUGAGGCUUGACAAUGCAGAUUGUACGUUCCACGGACAACCUCAUGUAUUCCUCACAACAACCCCAUGUUACGGAUGAAGCUGCUGAGGUUCUGAGCUGCUACUGGCAGGUCUGGGAUGGUCCGCCAGGACUGUAGCUCUGAUGUUGCUGAUGCAUUCCUUGGGGCUGAGGCAUUACAGCAAGUGGAGGGGGGGGGGUCCCCUACCUUCUUCCUUGCUAACCAGAAUCCAAUUGGGGCAGCAUGUGUCCCUCCUCAAAGCCAAGGCGUCAAGGCAGCUCCAUUCUUGCCAGCGCUGGGUUUAGGGAUGGGCACUUGGCCAAUGGGAAGUGAGGGUGCAAGAGGAGAGGGCCCCCUUUCCUGCCUCUGGACACUGGCUUGGAGACAUGCCUGGCAAAUGGGAGACAGUGUGGGAAACUGCGUGUCUGAGCCAAGAAUGAACUUCCUUCACUCUCCUGCCCCUUUCCUCCUAAUGGGUGAGAUGAGGAGUGGUUUUUUUUUUUUUUUUUUUUUUAAAGAUUUUAUUUAUUUGACAGAGAGACACAGCGAGAGAGGGAACGCAAAUAGGGGGAGUGGGAGAGGGAGAAGCAGGCUUCCCGUGGAGCAGGGAGCCCAAUGCGGGGCUCGAUACCAGGACCCCGGGAUCAUGACCUGGGCCGAAGGCAGACGCUUAACGACUGAGCCACCCAGACGCCCCGAGAUGAGGAGUGUCUUAAACCAAAUUCACUUAAUCCUUUUAAGGAUCUGUCUAAAAGCAUCCUGACAAGGACUGAGAAUUCCCCAACUGAAAUCCAAACGUGGCAGGAAGCGGGUUGGCUAACUCAUCAUAGCCGUUAAUACCUCAGUGGUAAUGAGUCUGUCAGACAACCCACCUAUCGUCUGGGAGAGCAAAGUAGGGCGGGAGGAACAGUAACAACAAAGUCUAACAUUCCCUGGGGGCUUAAGGCAUUACUCGAAGCACUUGGGAUUUACUUAGUCCUGGGAGGCAGGUGCCUUUGUCAAAUUUAUAAUUGAGGACACUGAGGCAGAGUCAGCCUGCAGUCCUCGCUUCUCUGCUGCGCCCCCUGAUCUGUGGGCAGAGGGGCCCCUCACGAGGAGAAGCUAUGGCUCACACACCUGCCUCCUACAGCCAGGGGAGAGUGAGCUUGGUCACUGGGCUGGCCCCCCCUGCGAGGGGGAAAGGGCUCCCAACAAGGGGAGGAGCCUGGGCAGUAGCCGGAACUGGGGAACCGCGCAUCCCGUGUGCGUGUGGCCCACAGAGGAGCAGGCUGCUUUCUAGCAAAUUUCUCAUUACCAAAAGAGGUUGUUGCCCUCAAGUUUUCUCUGAGGUGCUUUCCAGUAUGUGACGGUCAGUGUGUCAUGGGCUGUAUUUCUGCUCCAAGCACACAUUGUACAUGUGCAUCACUAAAAAAAAUGACCCAAAAAGUCCAUUCCAGACAUAAAAGGAAAAAACCUCCCUGGUUCCCAUAAGAUUAAAGCCAUGCAGCCCUGCACAUACUGAAAACGUAAGUCUGUAACUUUCUGGAAUGUCCUUCCUCAUGAUGAUUUAGAACUCUUUAUGUAAAAAGCGCCAAAAGUUCCUUCCCCACAGCACUCCCUUCUCUGGGAAGAUUGUACGUCCCCGGCCGCUGGCCUCACUUGGGCUCCAAUAAAACUUUUUCUGUCUCUUUAAAA